GCUGUUGUGAAUGAGCAGCAGCAUGACGUCAGGAAGCCAAUGUCAACAAUGCAGCUCCUGGAGGAGAAAAGGCGUUUCAUCCUGACACACGCGCGCACACGCACACACACACAUAACGUACACAGGAGACCCGCGUGAGCGCACGCACACCCGACCGACCGACCGAUGCCCGGGGUCCAGUGAGCCAGAGCAGGAGGGGGGGGUCCGGCCGUCGGAGGAGCAGCGGAGCGCGAGCGCGAUGUGGAGCCGCUGUUGUUUGUGAGGAUCUGAGAGACGAGCAGGGAAGAGAAGGGGGGCGUGAGAGGGAGUGAUGUCGGCGGACGAGGAGCGGGACGGCGAGGUGGCGGCAGCGCCUGUGUACGUGUACGAAUCCAAGGUCCACUGCUCCAAUGUGCUGCUGAGCCUGGAGGAGCAGCGGCGACAGGGCAUCCUGUGCGAUGUGACGAUACUGGUGGAGGGGAGGGAGGUGCGAGCGCACAGGGCCGUCCUGGCGGCGAGCAGCCGCUACUUUCUGCAAGCCCUGCUCGGACACACCAAGUCGCCGGAAGAUGCGGAGCCCAUCAUAACCCUGCCAGACAAGGUCACAGCCAAGGGUUUCGCUCCACUGCUCCAGUUUGCCUACACUGCCAAGCUGGUUUUGAGUCGCGAAAACAUCCAUGAAGUUAUUCUGUGUGCCAACUUCCUGGGCGUCCACAAUCUGGAGGACUCUUGCUUUCGUUUUCUUCAAGCCCAGCUCCAGAAGGACAGCCCACAUGCCAGCAAAGUCAAAGUGGAUUACGACGAUGAAAUCGCAGCUGAUGAUCCGAUCUUUUCUGUGGAAACACCUUUGGAGGAAAGUGAAGAAACCAGGCAGCAGCUGACCGAUCAUGUGGCCAGCACGCCUCCACUUCAUGCUGAACUUCCUCAGUGUCCGAAAUACACAAGGUAUCAGUACGAGAUCAGCGACGGCAAGCACAACGGAGAAAACCAUCAUGGAAGUGAUGACUUAGUUUUUGCCAAUCAUACCUCAAUCAGCCCUGUGAACUCACAAUUUACAGACAGCAGAGCUUCUCCACAAACUUUACUAACAGCCCCCAGAAUCAAGGAAGAAUGCUUAGCGUUCGAGGAAGAAGUUGAUGAAAGGAAUGGCAGCAACUCGGAGUUGUGCACCGAGGAGGUGCUGGAGAUGGAGCUGGAAGUGGAAGGGGUCCCAGUUGCCGCUGAGCACUCCUUAAGCCAGGAAUCGAACUCCUCCUGUCUGCGUUCCUACCUCCAGAGGGGUGGUCUUGAUCUCAGCGGGAUGCCGAGCACCACCAUCCAGCAGCUGCUCACCAACCGACUGUCUCUCAACCACUACAGGGAGCUGGUGAAGGACAGGCAGCGGAAGAGGGAGUCUCUGGGUCAGCUCGACCCAAAGGCCGACGUUGCCGACGUCAUACCAGCAGCACUGACGGGCAUUAGCAAAAGCAUGGACAGGUCGGUGUCCAAAGCGUCCUCGUCGAAGCACGACGUGGAGCUCGACAGGCGCAGCGUCAUUUUUUCCUCUGCGACGGGCGAGCGGCACACGUCGGUCCAGACGUACGUGGACGAGAAACUCAAAGAUAAAGUCUCAGCUCUGAUGCCGGAAGACUCUCCUUCCUCUGACCCAUUAUGCCUCACAACCAGUUGCCCAGUUUCCAUUAAGCCAUCCCCGGACUCUCCUCCUCCAUUCGAACCCCACACACAGGUCUCCAGCUAUGGUUCGUCGUUCUCUUUCCCAGAGGACAAAGCCAGUAGCAGCUCGCCCACCAGCCUUCCCCAGUUUGACUUCUCUUCAUCCCCACACUCAGGCUCGAUCUCUGGUCUGCCUCACUGCCUGGCUGGGGCGGUGGAGCAGGGCAGCCUCCAGAGCAGAGAGACCGUCUUCUCUCAGGACUGCGCCAACAUCAAAAGUGAACAAGGAUUCGGUGCCAGUGGCGGCAACUCCAGUGACGAAUCCGGCUCUUUCUCGGAGGGAGACAGCGAGAGCGGUUUCUCCAGAGUGUCUGGCUCGGAGGUCAAACUGCCCUUCCAUGUGGACCAAAUCACCAAUCUGCCGCGCAACGACUUCCAGAUCCUCAUCAAGAUGCACAAACUGACGUCGGAGCAGCUGGAGUUCAUCCAUGACAUCCGGCGCCGCAGCAAGAAUCGCAUCGCCGCCCAGCGCUGCCGCAAGCGAAAACUGGACUGCAUCCAGAACCUGGAGAGCGAGAUCCGCAAACUGGUGUGUGAGAAGGACAAGCUGCUGAGCGAGCGCAACCAGCUGAAGCUCUGCAUGUCCGAGCUGUGGCAGAACCUCUCCUUCCUCUCCCAGCAAGUGUGCCGGGAGGUGCAGGGCGGCCAGCAGCCGCCGCCGCCAGUCUCCACCAGCAUCGACCUGACCUCCAGCCCGCCGUCGCCCUCGUCCGAGGACGGAUCCUUCCGGCGCACGCCGCCCGCGGCGCAGCAGGGCGAGGUGGGUGCCGGUCAGGGGCCGCCGCAGGACGGGCAGUCGGGUUCGGGCCAGAAGAACCAGAAGUGUUCCCCCGUGCUCAGAUCCGCUGAGGAAGUAUGUAGCCCCACUGUCACGGUGGAUUUCUGUCAGGAAAUGACUGCGAAAUGCACAACGGGGGAGCAGGACGGGCCGGACUGCGCUUAGAGAGGAACUGCCGGCAAACACACGACCCCCUCCCGCUGGGGUUCACUUUCAUAUUUGAAGAUGUUUUUGUCUUUCUUUUUUUUUUUUUUUUUUAAUGGAUGACACUAAUGUUGUCUUAUCAGCAAUACUGUUCAACAGGAAUUUUCUGGACUGGUAUGAAACUGAAGCACUGGCAGCUUUUCUCUCUCUCUCCCUCUCUCCCUCUCUCUCUCUUUCUCUCUCGCUCUUGUUCUUUUUGUCUCAUUGGACUUUCUCUUCCUGCCUGCUCCGCUCCCUCUCUCGUGCAUCAUGGGAGGCUAAACUCAGGAAAUCUACAGAAUGUACAGUAAUAUUCUUGUGAACACGUACAUGCACUUUACUUUUCAGUCCUGCCCAAUCUCGACAAUUACAGAAGAGCGAGUCGCCGCUCGUUGUUGAUUCAGUCCGUUCGGUGAAGGAGCUGCUUCACGUUGUCAAAUUAUAUGAUGAAAAAAAGAGUCAAUUAAUCAAGAUUCUGUGUCCAAACUUUCACUGCUACUCUAUAUCAUUAUGAUAUAAUUCAGAAAGUAUAACCGUCAAAACAUUCCCCUUCAAGUAGCGCACACUGUAUGCUGUGUUUUGUCCAAAUUCUGCACAGUUUACCUAAGAUCCAUUAAUAAAAUAGUGUUCUUGUUUUAUGCAACAGGUGCGAUGAGGCGUCAGAUUAAUGUAUCGUGCACUGAGGCAGGAAGAUUAUAGCAUAUAAAUGUAAGUUUUAAACUCCACUUAUUCCCGUUUCAGUUAAAUUGCACUUACUUUGUAUCUUUUGGCUGAAGGCUCAAACAUCAGCUGUGGCGACUGGACAGACUUUUUGUCUCCUGUCCUGCAGAUUUCCAGAUCACUUAAGAAGAAUGAGCACAACUGUUGUUACUGUCGGUAUUUUCCACAUUAGAGUUCAGUUUCAAAGUAAAGGUUGAGCUGUUGCUUACGCUAAACUCUGCUGACGUACUCUGACGCUUCACACAGCUCCUCCACACACACUGGAUCGUUCUGCCUGCUGAACGCUCAGCUGUCUUUAUAAUGUCGAACUGAUCUCGUGGAAGAUUGUUGUUCGACGUCCAAGCAGCUUAAAGAUGUGGAUCAAUAUUUCAAACGAUCCCGUAAUUGUUGAUUGACCCAGGACUUUAAAGUAAAAUGUUACCAAAGGUAUGUAUUUGUAAAAGUUUGCAUUCGAUGAAACGGUCAGAUGAACAGUCAUUAUGCAAAGCAGUUUGCUUUUAUUUUGUUUUCUUUCUUCGGGGGUCAGACUUUUUGUUUUUUUUUUCCUUUUUGUGCACUAAUAUGGAUGUUUUUUUUUCUACACAUCUCUUCUGCCUUUUUCCACUUUGUGCAAAAAGACAAAGCUCCAGUGAAACGUAUAGCACUGCCUGAGACCUCCAAGAGGCCGCGCCUGGUGUUUGUUGUGUUGGACGCAUCGAGACCUGAGGCACUUAAACUCAAUCUGACGCCGACUGAAAGGAAAAGGAACCUGAAAAAGUCGGAUCUGUUCAGUGAGGGAACCGGGUGUGAGGUUAGUUACCUUCAGUGUCCUGGGAGAACAGUGACGACAGAGAAUACUGGAGCUCCGACUGAUUUCAGUGAAAUGACAACACGCAACUUCCUAAAUUAUUUACACUACAUGACACUGUUCUCGCCAGCAAACAUCAGCUUUUUCUCUCCAAAAUCAUUUGAUUAGUUUUAUGUUGAAAGUAUUCCAGGUAUUUUGUUAAAAAGUCAACAUGACACGAAUCCCGGCGGCCUCGUCAGCAGCAGAGCCUUUGAGAUGAAGCAGUGAUCGGGGGUGAUCAGAUCAGAAAUUACAUUUCAAACUUCAUUUCCACUCAACAAUAGUGUCAAAUUCAUUUUAGCUCAGGAGCCGCAUGAAGCCAGAUUUGAUCUGGAAUUGACUGAACAAAUUAGGAAAGAAGAAAAAGACAUCAUCUAUAAAUACCAACAGUUCUCAAUGUUUUAUUUAAAUGUCAGCAUAUUUAAUUGACUAUAAUUUCAAAAUUUAAAGAAAACAUUUUAGAUUUGAACAAAGUCCCAGUGUUGAGUAAUUCUUACACGAGCUGGUUCUGACCCACCGGUGACCCCUGCCUGGAACACAAGUGCUCUUUCCACCUCGUUCAUGUUGUUUCUCAAUGUGCGUAUUGAACUGCACUGUUCCUUUUAAAAGAAAUACACGCGUAUUUGUGUUAAACUGCUUAAAUCUCAAGACACAGUGUGGAGAUCUGUAGGAACGCUGUACGCAAAUGAUCAGUUUCUCCCUUCAAAACGCAUCCUCAACAGCGUCCGGUGUGAAGUUCAGGGCGCAAAACAAACACAGUGGCCCGGUAUUGAUUUAGAGAGAUGCCAAAUUCAUCUGCUGAAACGUCGAUGCUGAGGCACGUGGCAGGGGUGAGUGCUGCUGCUGCUGUCUGCUGCUGUCUGCUGUCACUCCGCCACACACACACACACACACACACACACGGUGUGAGAGUGUGUGUGUGACGGUCGGAUCAAAAAGUCAGGACGGAGUCAGCGCAGAAAAGGAUAACUCGUCAGAUUAGAUUUGACAGGAAUAAUUGAAUUUAUAUUUCUCAGAUCUUGGUUUGAAAUGCUGGAAAUGACAGAGAUCAGAGCGGGACGCUCCAGUAUUUCCACAGGACACUGAAGGAAGUCGGCAUGAGACGUGAACCCACCUCACCUCAGCUCAUUCUCGGUCGAUAAUAUGAAGUUUUUCUUUUAUUUAUUUCUCGUGGGUUGGGCUGCAGAUCGGUGUAGAUCGCUAUCUUUUUUUCAUUAUUCCAUUUCCUAAUAGUUGCAAUUUGUUUAUAGUUGACAGGCCGACGGGGGGAAAUUCCUUCGUGUACAAGUCUCUCAUGUACUUAAGUUGUAAUAUUGUUUACCUUAGUGUGUGAGUAUGUUUACAAUGUUCUGUACUACCUGUUCCUUUGGUUUUUUUGUAACGAUAAAUAAGACUGAUAAAGUUUACUUUCUUUAUAUAAGUUUGUGGUUUUAUGAGGAAGAAUAGGAAUCUAACAGGAGCAGCUACAAUUUCUUGCCUUAGAGGUUCCAGAGGCCAAAAUAUCCAGUAAGAGAACUGAGGUUUGAAACAUGUAAUCCUUCUGACGGCCACUGUAUUUAUACGAGAUUGUUCCUCAGAGAGAAAUGCAAAAAAUAUCACUUUAUUUGACCUAAAGUUUUUGCUUAAAAGCACCCUCUCUACAAGGUGACAAAAUAUUGUAAUGGGUAUAUUACAUAUGGAGUUAACAAUGAAAAUGUGAAAACAAAGAUAUUAGCAAAAAACAUCUGAAAUGCAUCAAGAUUUGUUUGAUUACGGAACAGAUUCAGGAUCAGAGAUCAUAAUUCUAUGAAAUCUUUAAGGAGACUUUACCAUAAUGCCAAAUCUAAGUGUGCUCUUGGAUCUGUUGAAAUGAGUAUCUCAAAUUGAGCUCAAGAAAAUCCCCUCGAAAAGCUGACAGAAUCCUUUUCUAGCGUUGAGCUCAUUGUGCACAAAAACGUCAGUAUAUCUGACCCACGACAUUCACGCUCGAACUGCAAACAACAACGAUCCAUUAGUUCCACAGAAAGAGGGAAACUCACUAUUCCUUCUUUUUCUUUUUAGUUACAAAACUGCACAGUGCUGGUAAAAGAAAUUCUAAGUUUUUAAUCCAUGUCUGAAACAUGAUAAAAGGGCAGAAAAAGUUUUUAGUUCCCAGGGGGGAAAAAUUAAAACAAUCUUCAUUUUUGCCCUUCAUAAACUUGAUUUUCUGACAUAUAGAGGUGCAUCUCAGCUUGAAAAGUAUAUUUUUCACAGUUCAUUUUACUGUGAAAUGGUCGUGUAGUUGUAUUAUGAUACAUAAAUUAAAACGCUGUGGCUCUUUUGUGUUUGAGUUUUUGCAUUAAAGCCAUGAUAAUUAUAACUACAUCAUUUCAAAUUUUUACAAUUUUUUAUAAGAUUAUAUGUUUAUCUGUUUUAGAACCAGAAGAUAUAAAUAAAACAAUUAAAAGUACUUUUCAAAAGUUUUUUAACUUCUCGAUUCCAAAACCCUGCAUAAACCUGUAGAUAAUUUGUUGAAAUCUUUUAAAUAAUAUUCUAAAUGUUUGAGAUGCACCUUUAUAUGCUACAACAUUGAGUUGCACAUGUGCCAUUUUCAAUGCAAAUUCUAGAAGAGAGCAAUUAAAAGAAAAAGAAAACUCCAACCUGCAUAUCUGUCAGUGAGGCAGGUGAUUCAGAAGCAGUGAUUCACAUUAAAUAUUCCAAGAUAAAAGCAUCAACUUCAACACUUUUAAUUGUUUUUUUUUUUGUUUUUCUGCAGUUAUUCUGCAGACUUUGAGCACUAUAUAAAAAAAAAAUUGUUUGGGUAAUUUUUUUCACUUUCCAACAGUGGCGCAGAAUGGCUCCAGACUACAGGAAGUAUCUCUUUUAACGCGGCGGGCCUGAAGGCAGCGUUCGGGGCCACUUCAAUCAGAUUGGAGUGUUUUGUGCGCCUCAGUUCCACAGACUCACACUUAUCUACCUGGCUGAUUCAGCAUACCUCAUCUUUAGGGUAAGGACUGUAUGAUAGACAUUUAGACCGUUUCCGUGGCAUUGUUUCUAACUUUAUACGGUGGUUACAUCAUUGUAUUUGUAGAUUUUUUGGUGAGCCAUUUUUUUACAUCUUUUAUUCUCUCUUUUUUUUUUUCCUGCAACAUGACUGUUAAAUGCAGAUGCAGCAGUUUUGAUUUGCUUUUUUUUUUUUUUUUUUUAACUUUUUGAAUGUUCAAUAACCUGUGUUUUGUAAAGACUUUUGUAAAUAUUGUGCAACAUGUCAUGUCUUGCUUAUUUGAUAUGAAAAAA